AUCCAACUUUUUUAACCUCCUCAUUCUCUUCUUUCACUUCUUCCUUUCACUUUCCCAGUUUCCUGUCAGUCUGUCACCUCUCGUACUCCAUCGAGCAACAACUUCUUCUCGCCGAUCGCCCCAGCUCCACCGUCAAACAUUGCCAAAUCGUCGGAAAAACUCGAACAUGAACCAUGUCGCCAGAGAAGGGAGAGGCCUGAUAUCCCUUUAUCGGCGCUUCUUCUUCUCGCUGUCGUGGAGUCGGGCUCUCAGUCUGAACUGUUUUUUCGGCCUCCACAACUCCUACAGCCUCAGCACCUCCGGGCUUCGGCAUUUUCUUUCAGUAUUUCACCUCUGCGGUGUCUGUUACUUAGUUACCAUUAGAGUCACGAUCAAAAUGAGCUAUCACUACUAGAAAACAUGGCGUUUUCCUACGGAAAAUAGCUACGGAAAAUUUCCGUAGCUAAUUAGCUACGGAAUCGCUACGGAUCAGCUAUAGAAUGGGAUGUCCUAGUUUAGUAACGGAAUAGCUACGGAAUAGCUACGGAUGCGGGUACGUAGCUAUUCCGUAGCUAAUUAGCUACGGAAUAGCUACAAAUGCAAAUCCGUAGUUAUUCCGUAGCUAAUUAGCUACGGAAUGGCUACGGAAUACCUACGGAUACUAAUUACCUACGGAUUAGCUACGGAGUAUGCUUUCCGUUAGAAUUCCGUAGCUAAUCCGUAGCUAAGUAGCUACGGAUUAGCUACGGAUUUUUCUUAUUUUCAAUUUUUCGGGCAUCAAACGUCGUUUUUUUCGCUUCGUUUUUUUCACACCUCGACUAUACAUGAU